AUGCGGAUUAACUCCCUCGUGUCAGCCGACGGGCCAUUCAUCACCUGCCGCUUCAAAGCGCUGCGCGGCCACAGUGCGAGGCGCAGUAGGGCAGAAAAGGCGCGCCCGAUGAACCCGAGCCCCGAGUACAGAUCUCGAACCCCCUAUUCCCGAAUAGAAUGCGAGAAGUGGUGUUCCAUGCGCAUUAAUUGCAUUGUGAUAUUAACGACACUUUCAGGGUCAACCUUGUUAUGUAGUAAACAGCUAAACAAAGGACUAGCAUCUAAUGUUAUUGACCGCAAUAAAAUCAUGAAGAAGGUAGUGUUGUUCAAAAGUAGUUCGGAGGAUUACGAAAGAGUGUUCAGUGAUAAUGAUUAUGAAGCUGUUUUCGUGGAACCCCUUCAGUUCGAGUUCGUAAAUCUGCCCCACCUCUCUCAGGAACUGCAGAAAGGGCACUACCAGGGGUUGGUUUUGACGAGUCCGCGAGCCAUUGAGGCCGUCUCCGAGUGCUGGUCGCCGUCAAAAUUCAUCUCUUGGAGCUCCAGACGCGUCUACACAGUCGGCGAGGUGAGCUCGAGAAAAAUCAAGCAUAUGCUCGGUUUAGACUCAUUAGGCGAGACUACAGGCCAUGCUGACAAUUUAGCUAAACUUAUGGCAUCUGAAAACCCAGAUUCUAGUCAAUUUCUGUUUCCAUGUGGUAAUCUGCGAUCUGAAAUCUUACCUAACAUUUUGCAUAGGGCGGGUAUGACUGUGGAGGCACUUACAGUGUACAAAACAAAAGAGAACGAACAUUUAAGACAAAAAUUAAUGGAUCUGAACGAAAACAUAAAUCCUUGUUGCAUGGUAUUCUUUAGUCCAUCAGGCUGUGAGUACAUUUACAGGCAAUUGCAGACAUUCAGCAACAAUCUCUCGGUUUUACCGCACUUUGCCAUAGGUAAUUCCACAGCACAUAAGAUAGAGAACUUGGGAGUGGAGAUUGCAGGAGUGGCUGCCAAACCGAAGCCAGAAUGUGUUCUAGAAUCUGUGCAAAGCUACUUUAGAACGUUAGGGGAGUGCACUUAA